GCUUCUGGGGAAGAAUCCGAAGAUGAUCUGUGGCUUCGAGGGGCGGGAGACGGGCGAGGUGGCCGCAGCGGGGGCGGGCGGCGGGACCGGGACGUGCAGGGGGAGGUCCGGGCAGCUGCGGGGAGCCCGGGACGACGGCUGUCCGGUGCGGGGUCCCUCCGGUUCCGCGGCGGCAGAGCCUCUAGGCCUCACGGCCGGACCCGAACCUCAGCGUUCCGGUGGCGGCGGCGGCCUCACGAUCCUCCCCCGCGGGCCCGUCCCAUCAAAUCGGCACCGACCCCGUUGCGGCUCCGCCGGUGGCUCCUCGCUCACAUUCCUGGCGGGCGGCGCCUCAGCUCGUUGCCCCGGACCCGGCGGCGGCGGCGGCGGCGACGACGUGGGGAGGGGGGGAAGGGAGGGACGAAGACUGGAUCUGCAGCGGCAGCAAGAGAAGGGGACAGGAGAAGGAGGAGGAGCCGCAGGAGCUGAAGCCGCCGCUGCCAGAGCCACCCUUCGCUACCCGCGGUGGGUCCCAGUCAAUGCCCCUUUCUCUCUCCUAUUGUCAAUAUCACCGGGCGGCUGAGUCCAUGGCACACGCGCAACCGAACCUUCUGGCCAGCAGCACCCGCCUCCGGCGCCCGCCCACUGGAGACUUCAAACGGGAAGCGAGGCCUCAUUGGCCAGUAUCCGCCUUCACUCCCCUGACAGCAUGUUCGGCUGAGACCUGAUCAGGGAUUGGCGGCAGGAGGGCGGAGAAACAGGAGGGUGGGAAGAGAGGAGGUCGAGGAUUGGGCCGAAGCGUGAGGGACCCGGAUGCUGCCGGGAUCUCGGGAGUUGCAGCCGCCGCUUCCGCCCGGCGGUGGGGCAGGCUGAAGUGAGAAGCCGCUGGGCCUGAGAGGAGCUCUUUAAUUCCGGGAGGUGUGCAACUAGCUGAUCAGCGGGCUUGCUUUCCGUGCUGUGCGGAGCCUUUGGGCGGCGGUCGUCUUGGACCGGAGGAGUCCAAGGGCAUGGGUCGGCUAAGGGUGGGGGAGCCCCCGAGACUUGAUCCCGCCCUGCAGCUAGUGUGGCCCCUCAGGGUUUGGGGAGUCCCACUCUGGACGCGACCCCGUGAUGCGUAGACAGAAAUAAGAUCCCCCGCCCGCGCCGGUGCGCCACUGCUUGUGUAAAUGGGUCCCUUGAAACCCCUAGCAGUCGCUCUCCGCUGAACCUUCUUCGAAUUCUCUCACCUCAUCUCCUUUUCCUUAAACGUCUGUUUUGAGUAUCAGACCCCUGUAGCGUUGAGGCCAGCGCUCGUUUAGUUAAUGCAGGUGGGAACGCUGUCGCCACAGUUUACAGUCUAUUCAUUCAGAAUAACCCGCCGGUCAGCCGGCUGCUCAGAGCUCGGAAAGACCCAGCUCCAAACUAGGAGUUUCGAGAUUUUGAUUGGCAAGUUGGACCCGAAAGAGUUAAUGGAGAAGACUACUUAAAUCUAUCUAGAACAAGUGAUGAGAUAUUUGGAGAUGUGUUUGCAUGCUUGGUGAAUGCAAACGGCCAAAUGGUACAUUUCCAGAUAAUAUUCUUGGAUUAAUGUAUUUGAAUGCACCCUACAUACAUUUUUUGAGGGGAAAAAAGGAAGAAAUUAUUAAUGCUAACUACAAACGUCAGAGUACCAGUUGCUCAAAACUUAGAAAAUGGGGGGGGGGGGGACAAAAAAAUUAACAUUCAUAUUUUCUCAACUCAGAGAUAACCACUUACAGUAUUUGCAUACUUCCUUUUAGUAUUUUUUCUUUUUAUGUUAAUAAUGUGUGUCGAUCUAUAGCCUAGUUUUUUUCCCUCAGCAUUAUAUCAUCUUUUCGAUACGGUUAGGGAAUAGAGCUAUAUAUAAAUAAAACUAUAUGUACCAUCUGUACAAGUGACAACGAAAAAUGCAUUUGCAUUUCUCCUGUUUGUGUUGUUAAACACUAGAGUUUUCAAAUUUUCUUUGCACACUCCCAGAAAUGGCUCUUGAGUGGAAAAAUAAUUUUGUGCCAUGAAAGAUAAAAAUAUUCCUGCUUUGAACUGAAAUGGAAAACGAAAAGAUGACUCUUAGAUGGAAGCAGGCUCCCCCUACUGACUCCAGAUGAUUGGCCACUGUAUGGCUAGUGCCCACUUUUGCCGUGAUAAAGUUCAUUACCACUAAGUAUUAACUAUAGAAUACCAGCAGUCUAGUUCCUACCCUCAAGAAACUUAAAUUUCCGU